AACGCGACCCAGCAAAAAGACUAUAGUAAGAAUGUCACGCUGACACCGUAGGUAGAGAUAGAGACAAAACAAGAAUUUACAUUAUCAUUCCUCAAUCAGAUACUGGAAGGAAAUUACUGAUUGAAUUUGCGGUAACUUAAAAUUAUAUUAUUUGAAGCUUAAUUUAACUUAUUUUGUAUUUAGAUUUAAGCGAUUUGAUUAUCAGCUCCAUCCGUCGUCUGCUGACGAAUUUACUCUGUUUGCGACAGAUUUGAACUAGGAGACUAAAUGUGAGUAGAAAAUUGAAUUCUGUUGGGCAAAACAUUAAUUGGACUAAAUACACCUUUUAGCUUCGAGCUACACUGCUUAAAAAAGCGUUUGCUAAAGAUCCUCCGAAAACUUAUUUGUCGUCGCGAACAGAAACUCGAAGAUUUAUUUAUGAUGGCCUCUAAUCCCCGUAAGUCGUUCGUUCGCCAGACCCGCUCGAUGACGCGCGCGGCUCAAGAAGCAGCUAACCUCCAAAUUGGAGACGCUCGAGAUGAUGCAGCGAAACCGUUCGAGCCGUCUGUCGUCGAACCGGAGCGAGGGGAUGAGCAGGAUUGCGCUGGAUGUACCAGGCCGAACAACGCCGAGCUGUACAUGGUGCGGUGUGAAAAGUGCGAGCUGUACUUCCACUUCUCGUGCGCGAACGUCACCACCGCAACCGUCAAUCAGCCACCGUUUGUGUGCCGUACUUGCGUGCCCUUUCGGCCAAGAUCUGCCCGUUCAUCGGGCUCCCAUGUGAGCAGUACUCGUUCGGCACGAAUUGCCCUAGAACUGCAGCAGAUGGAGGAACAGUUCCGGAUCCAGGAAGCGCUCACGAAGGAACGACUCGCGCAGUUGGAGCGACAAUACCUGUACAGCUCGAAGAAGUACGCGCUUCUUCGGGAACAGGAAGAAGAAGAUGGGGGACGUAGUGUCCGUAGCAGAGACAGCCGCGCUUCGACGAGCAGGGUUGAGAAGUGGAUCAAUGCUCAGGCUGAGACCGGCAACACCGGUCCAGGCGUCAACAAGGAGACGACCGAGUCUGACGAUCACGUCCAGCCACUGAGUGAGGACAAGGCCGAUAGUCUGCACGUGAAGUUCACGUCUACUCCGCUCGCUUCGCCAAAUGCUUCGUUCAACGAAUCGCCGUACGUUUCCCUCUCCAUUUCCUCCCUAUUGCCGGACAGUCUCGAGGAAAGCAGCGAAAAGUCGAUCCCUGAGGGACCCAAGGACCCCGGGCAGACCGCGGCUGAAAUUCCACCCAGCGAGGUUCCAGAACCACCUACCACCAUGGAAAGCAUCCUCAAACUGCUGCAAAUCUCACUGGGGAAGCCGCAGAACACCGGUGCUAUCCCGAAGAUCCUCAAAGUCACCUCGACCGCUUUCGAGGAGUGGCGAAACAGCAUGCAGCGGAAGGAUCUCGACCCGAUUCCAGAAGAGCUAAGCGAAGAGACGAAGAAAAACGAGCAAAAUUUGCUUGUGCUCCUUCAGCAGCUCGAGGAUCAGCGCGCCGAGGACCAGCAAUUGCAGCGCCAGCGGGAAGAGCAGCUCAAACGCAAGCUGCAGCAGCAAGAACGUGAGCAAGCGAAGCAGAAGCAAGAACUGCAGCGUCGACUUCAGCAGGUGGAAGCAGAGCAGAAGGAAGAAAUGCAGCGUUUACUGCAGCAGCAACAACGCGAGCUGGCCGAGCAGAAGCGGGAGCUGAAACAGCGCCUCAAGGAGCAGAAGCAACAGCAAGCCAAGCAGCAAGAAGAGCUUGACCGUUUGCGAGAGCUCGAGAGGCUGCAAAAGCUGGCAGAAUCUCGGGACAAGAACCACUCGUCGGCGGCGGGCCGCAACGGCACGGUCGAAAACAACAAAAGCCGAUCAACAGAAAGCAUCCGAUCAGGAUCAGGAACAGCAUCUGUACCACGCGUUGACGAUGUCCUGCCACCUCCAUCUAACGAGCGAUCCCGCGCCUCUGCAAACUUUGGCAGUUCUUCCGUAAGGAGCUCUCGAUCUUCAUCAUCAAGGUCGUCUACUUUGACAACACCGUCGGUCGUACCUUACGUUGAGUCAUUCCCCUCUCUCGUGCCGCCGCUGCCAGCACCGCCUCCGUACCAAGGACCAACUUCGCAGCAGAUUGCUGCACGUCAGGUGGUGAACAAGGAGCUCCCAGUUUUCACAGGGAAUCCUGUUGACUGGCCGAUCUUUAUCAGCAGUUAUAACCACUCUACGCUGACGUGCGGAUACACCGACAACGAGAACCUGUUGCGACUGCAGCGUGCGAUCCAGGGGAGGGCGAGAGAAGAAGUGAGCAGCCUGCUCCUCAAUCCGUCGACGAUACCGCAAUUGCUGACCUCUCUGAAGCUGCUGUACGGACGACCGGAGCAGAUCGUUCACACGAUGAUCGAGAAAGUACGCGCGACCCCCGCGCCGAGAGCGGACAAGCUGGAGUCUCUCGUCUCGUUCGGUCUGGUGGUCCACAAUCUCUGUGGGCACUUGAAGGCUAUUGGCAUGGAGAAGCACCUGUCGAACCCCAUUUUGCUGCACGAGCUCGUUGCCAAGUUGCCUUCCAACGUAAUGUUCAACUGGGCACUCUACCAGGAGCAACUGCCAGAAGUGGACCUCAACGUGUUCGGCGACUACAUGUCGAAAAUAGCGACCGCUACCAGCGGCGUGACAUUGUUCGCUGCGAAGGCUGCCAAGGACGAUUUCCGGCCCAAGAAGGAGAAGGCGGCGUACGUCAACACGCACUCGACUGCCGAGCAAGGUCGGCGCAAGGGUGACGACGAGAUCAAGGAGAAGCCGACGGACCGUCCGUCUUCGAACAUCAAGGUGUGCCCGAUGUGCGACAACAGCGGCCAUUUGGCGGCCAACUGCUCGAAGUUCAGCAAACUUUGUCUCGACGACCGUUGGAAGCUGGUCAAGGAGAAAAGACUUUGUCGUCGCUGUCUGGUUGCCCACUCGCGCUGGCCGUGCAAAAGCGAUCCCUGCGGAGUCCAAGGUUGCCAGAAGAAGCAUCAUCCGCUGCUCCACUACGAACAAGCACCCACGGAAGCGAAGCGCAGCGAGCCCGCAACGAGCGGCGUAGUCGCACUGCAUCGUCAACCGACGACAUCAACGUUGUUCCGUAUGUUGCCUGUCACGUUGUACGGAAAGAAAGGGAAAGUAAACACGUUCGCCUUUCUCGAUGACGGCUCGUCGGUGACACUCCUGGAGCGGAAGUUGGCGGCAUCCCUUGGCCUGGAAGGAAAGCAAGCAUCUCUGUGCAUCCACUGGACAUCCGGCAUCAAGAAGAACUUCUCGGAGACGCGGGAGGUUGAGCUGGAGAUUUCUGGCGCUGAUCGUCCGCAGCGGUUCGUCGCGUCGAACGUGUACACGGUGGACAAGCUCGGACUUCCGGAACAAACGAUGGACGUCGCGGCCAUGGCGGAAGAGUUCGCGUAUCUGCAGGACCUGCCGCUAUCGAGUUUGCAGUCUGCGGUUCCCGGAAUACUCAUCGGUCUGAACAACGUGCACCUGCUCGCAACACUGAAGCUGCGGGAAGGACGCAAAGGAGAACCGAUCGCUACCAAAACGCGUCUCGGUUGGACGGUCUACGGGAGUAUGCCGGCGGCUACACAGUCUUUCGCCCACCGCCAGUUCCACAUCUCCGAUGAACAAGCCGAAGUUGACCUGCACGAAUACGUCAAGAGCUUCUUUGCGGUUGAAAGCCUCGGAGUCAUGGCAGUACCGAGCGAGGAGAGCGUCGACGACCAGCGUGCCAACAAGAUUCUGUCCGAAACUACCAAACGAGUCGAAGGUGGGCGGUUUGAAACUGGCCUUCUCUGGAAACAGGACUACGUGGAGUUUCCGGAUAGCAGACCGAUGGCGGAGAAGCGGAUGAAGUGUUUGGAGCGACGCCUGGGACGAGAUCCGGCACUGUACGAUCAAGUACGAAAGCAGAUCGCGGACUUCCAGUCGAAAGGUUUCGCGCACAAGGCGACCGCUGCGGAACUGGACACUUUCGACCCUCGCCGGACCUGGUAUUUACCCCUCGGAGUAGUACUGAACCCAAAAAAGCCCGGCAAAGUGCGCGUGAUCUGGGACGCGGCUGCCAAGGUCGACGGCGUGUCCCUGAAUACCAUGCUGUUGAAGGGGCCCGACCUGUUGACGCCGCUGCUGUCCGUGCUUUUCCAGUUCAGGGAGAGACAGGUCGCCAUCUGCGCAGACAUCGAAGCCAUGUUUCACCAGGUGAAGAUUCGGGAACCCGAUCGCAGCGCGCAGCUGUUCCUGUGGAGGGAUUCGCCGGACAAGCCGCUGGAAACCAUGGUGACCGACGUCGCUAUCUUUGGGGCGACGUGCUCCCCAGCCCACUCGCAGUACGUGAAAAAUCUCAACGCUGACGAACACGAAGCAGAUCACCCGAAGGCGGCAGCAGCGAUUCGCAACAAGCACUACGUCGACGAUUACCUCGACAGUGUCGAUACGGCGGACGAAGCAGUUGCGAUGGCGCUGGAGGUAGCCGAGGUUCACGCGAAAGCCGGAUUCCACAUCCGGAACUGGAUCUCGAACGACAAAACCGUGCUGGCGCGGAUCGGAGCGGUCAACCCUACGACGGUCAAGAACUUCGUGAUCGAGAAGGAGAACGGAUUCGAGCGUCUGCUGGGAAUGGUGUGGCUGCCCGACGAAGACAUGUUCUCGUUCGCACUGAGCCUGCGAGAGGACAACAUGAAGCUGCUGACUGGAGAGGUAGUGCCGACGAAGACCCAGCUGCUGAGCAUCGUGAUGAGCAUCUACGACCCGAACGGGUUAGUCGCCGUCUUCGUCAUCCACGGAAAAAUACUCGUGCAGGACGUGUGGCGAUCCGGCGUCGGCUGGAAAGACAAUAUCCCGGAGAAGCUCAUCGGACGCUGGAAGCAGUGGAUCGCGCUGCUGCGCAAAAUCGAAACGGUGAGAGUUCCACGUUGCUAUUUCAAGGACUACGAACCAGCCAGCCUGAAAACGUUGCAACUCCACGUGUUUGUCGACGCCAGCGAGCAAGCUUACUCCGCGAUGGCAUACUUUCGUCUUGAGGAUCGCGGCCAAGUCCGGUGCUCACUGGUGGCAACCAAAACGAAGGUCGCACCUCUACAGCCGCUUCCCAUCCCGCGACUCGAAGUUCAGUCGGGCGUAACUGGAUCGCGCUUGCGGAAGACCAUCGAGGACGGACACUCACUCCCUAUUUCGAAGGUCGUUUUCUGGUCGGACUCCAAGACGGCGUUACAGUGGAUCAGGUCAACCGACCUCCGUCGAUUUCGCCCGUAUGUGGCGUUCCGGGUAAACGAGAUCCUGUCUCUGUCAAAGGCCGCUGAGUGGAGAUACUGUCCAUCGCGUAUGAACGUCGCCGACGAAGCUACGAAGUGGGGCAAAAAGGGACCAACAUUCGACCCCGACGCGCAAGUUUACGUCUGCCACAAGUUCAUUUACGAUCAGGAAGAAGACUGGCCCGAAGACUGCCUCGAGCGGGUUGAAGCGACGGAAGAACUCAGGCCAGCGUUCAUGUUCAGCCACUUCGUGGUCAAGCCCAUCAUUCGACUGGAGCUGUUUUCGCGAUGGGAACGCCUGCUGAGGAUGGUCGCCUACGUUCAUCGUUUUCUCGCGCGCAGACUGAAGCUGAAGCAGGAAACCUGUCCGGGCGCGCUGACACGUGAGGAGCUGCAGAAAGCCGAACGAAGCCUGUGGCGCUUGGCUCAAUCCGACGCUUAUCCGGACGAGGUCGCCACGCUGAACCAGAACCUGCUAGUGCCAGCCGAGAAACGGGAGUGUUUGGAGACAUCGAGCAGCAUUUUGAAGUUGUCCCCUCUGCUGGACGACAGCGGAGUGCUUCGAGCUGGAAGUCGCUUGGAGGCCGCCGAGUUCGCCGCGUUCGACGCCAAGUUUCCCGUGAUUCUCCCGAACAAACAUCGCGUGACCUGGCUGCUCGUGGACUCCUACCACCGAAGGUUUCGCCACGCAAACAACGAGACGGUGGUCAACGAGAUACGGCAGAAGUUCAACAUACCGAAGCUGCGGGUCCUGAUACGGCAGGUGGCGAGUAAAUGCUGUUUCUGCCGCAUAAAAAAGGCCAUCGCGGUGGCACCCAUGAUGGCACCCCUUCCACGUGUGAGGCUGUCCCCUUUCGUGCGCCCAUUCACGUUCACAGGCGUGGACUACUUCGGCCCGGUCUUGAUCAAGGUUGGACGCAGUGCUGCGAAACGCUGGGUGGCGCUUUUCACCUGCUUGACGAUCCGCGCAGUUCACCUGGAGCUCGUCGCGAGCUUGUCAACGGACUCGUGCAAGAAGGCAAUCCGCCGGUUCAUCGCGCGACGUGGAGCGCCGCAGGAGAUAUACUCGGACAACGGUACGAAUUUCCAAGGAGCCAGCGGAGAGCUGUCGAAGGAAUUAGCCAAGGUCAACCACAACGAACUCAGCAGCACAUUCACCGACACCCACACCCAGUGGCGAUUCAACCCGCCGGCCGCGCCGCACAUGGGUGGCUGCUGGGAACGAAUGGUAAGAUCCGUGAAGGCUGCACUAGGCGCAAUCCCGGUGGAACGCAAGCUGGAUGAGGAGUCGCUGGUCACCCUACUAGCGGAGGCGGAGCAUAUGGUCAACUCGCGCCCCCUGACUUUCGUGCCGCUGGAGAGCGCAGACAGUGAGUCCUUGACCCCCAACCAUUUUCUCAUGCUGAGUUCGAGCGGUGUUCAGCAGGCCGUAAAAGAUCCAGUCGGCGCAUGCGCGGCCAUCAAAAACAGCUGGAACAGUAUCCAGCACACACUGGACGAGUUCUGGAGCCGCUGGGUGAAGGAAUACCUGCCGACGAUCGCGAGGAGGACUAAAUGGUUCGAAGAGGUGAGACCAAUCAAGGAGGGUGAUCUCGUGCUUGUUGUGGACGAAGGACAUCGGAACGGGUGGCUGCGAGGACGCGUUGCAAGGACGUAUCCCGGCAAGGAUGGCAGAGUACGUCGGGCGGAUGUACAGACAUCGAAGGGUCUGGUGCGUGAGCGAGCAGUCGUCAAGCUUGCUCUGCUGGACGUUGGUGACGCUGAGGAUUCUGGUGCAGAUCAUCAUGCGACACGUGGGGGAGGAUGUUGCGAGCACACCGUGCCGACUGCGCCGACCGUGCCCCUCGGAUCAUCGCCCAAACGCGACCCAGCAAAAAGACUAUAGUAAGAAUGUCACGCUGACACCGUAGGUAGAGAUAGAGACAAAACAAGAAUUUACAUUAUCAUUCCUCAAUCAGAUACUGGAAGGAAAUUACUGAUUGAAUUUGCGGUAACUUAAAAUUAUAUUAUUUGAAGCUUAAUUUAACUUAUUUUGUAUUUAGAUUUAAGCGAUUUGAUUAUCAGCUCCAUCCGUCGUCUGCUGACGAAUUUACUCUGUUUGCGACAGAUUUGAACUAGGAGACUAAAUGUGAGUAGAAAAUUGAAUUCUGUUGGGCAAAACAUUAAUUGGACUAAAUACACCUUUUAGCUUCGAGCUACACUGCUU